UGCGAGCGCCGCAAGAAAAUAUACUACGGGACAUCGACUUGGCGAUCAAGUCACCAGCAUUUCGAUACAGAAACGAGGGAUACCAGUUCUUAAGCUGUGCAGAAGCAUCUCUACCAGAAGGACCUUAAGCAAAACUACUCAACCACCAGCCACAAUGCGCGCCCAAGUACUCGAGGUAUUCAACCAGCCGUACACGCUGAAGACAGACUUUCCACGACCCCCAACACCCCAGGGCCAUGAAAUGCUUGUCCGGGUUACGGCUGCAUCGUACUGCCACACGGACGCGGUCUUUGCAUCCGGCCAAAUGCAACAAGGUCUUCCGCGCGUGAAUUCGCACGAAUUCGCCGGCGUGGUGGAAGAAUUGGGCCCGGAGGCUGAGAAGGUCGCUCAAGCCAAGGGCAUCACGAAGGGGAACUUGGUUGGAGUGCCCGGUCGAGCGUUUGCAUGCUGCGGCGAGUGCCUCGAAUGCACAGAGAAUGGAGGCGAUCUGCAUGGGUAUGGCGUCUGGUGUUCAAGGGCAUCGAAUCUCGGUCUAACCCGCGACGGCGGAUUCCAGGAGUACUGUCUAGUGGAUGUCAGGCAGGUCGCGAGGGUACCGGAAGGCGGCAACAUGAAGGCCGUGGACAUUGCGCCGCUCAUGUGUGCGGGCGUGACGGUCUGGAAUGCGCUGGAAGCUGCUGGAUUGGACAUGUCUGGCUCGACAGGCAAGUCGAAGAAGUCGGUUGCGAUUGUCGGAGCAGGAGGCGGUCUGGGACAUCUGGGUGUGCAAUUCGCGGCAAAGUUGGGAUGGCAUGUCGUGGCUGUGGACACAACGCCUGCGAUUGGCAUGCUGAAGUCCGUGGUCGAAGAACUCGGUGAGGAUGGCGCGAAUGUCACAAUCGUGGACGCGCUGCAAGAGUCUGUCGAAGCCGCGAAGAAGCGCAUUUUCGGAGAUCCAGCAAAGGGUCUAGAAGGCGAGAGGGGGUGCGAUUCGUCGCUGGUAUUGCCAGAAUCACAACCGGCGUUUGACUUCGGGAUGGGAAUUCUCAAGAACCAUGGCACGUGUGUGGCUGUGAGCUUCCCCAAGGAUGGCUGGAAAUUCAAGCCUGGAGAUCUAGUAUUUCGGCAUAUCAAGCUGAUAGGCGUGUUGACGGGCCGGAAUCACCAGCUGCAGGCCAUGGUCGACUUCGCGGCCAAGGAAACCGUCAAGGCAAAGAUCAGAACAUAUCCGCUCGAAAAGCUCAACGAGCUGGUGGAAGAUUAUCACCGUGGCGUCGGCGGAAAAUUGGUUGUUGAUAUGGAGCUGAAGCCAUAAUCAGAAUGCAUGCACCUUCUGA